GAGAUAACCUCUCACACCAACAUAAAAGAAUGUUCGAGUUAGCAAAUGAAAAGGGGGCAUCAAACUGGCUCACAGUGCUGCCAUUGGAGGAUCACGGCUUCUCAUUACAUAAGUCUGCAUUCAGAGAUGCUCUAUGCCUCAGAUAUGGAUGGGUCCCCCCUCAUAUGAGUGAAUCUUGCCCUUGCGGUGGAAAAAUGUCAGUGGAGCAUGCUAUGUCCUGCCCCACGGGAGGCUUUCCAACUAUACGCCAUAAUGAAAUCCGAGAUAUGUUUUCUCAUCUGUUGUCUGAUGUCUGUCAUGAUGUGGAAACGGAGCCCACGUUGCAAUCACUAAGUGGAGAGACGUUCUCUUUACGUUCAAGCAGUCGAGAUGAUGAUGCAAGAUUAGACAUUUCGGCAAGAGGUUUUUGGGGAGGAAGAUUUGAGAAGACAUAUUUUGAUGUCCGGGUGUUUAACCCCAAUGCCACCUCGUACACAUGUUUUGAAGUUGCAUCAUGCUAUAGAAGACAGGAACAAGAGAAGAAAAGGAAAUAUGAAGAAAGACUGAGAAAAGUAGAAAAUGCUUCCUUUACACCUAUUAUCCUUUCUUGCACUGGUGGCAUGAGCAAGCUUACAACGUCAUUUACCAAAAAGCUGGCCUCAAUGAUAUCUGAGAAAAAGGACACUCCAUACGGUAGCGUGAUCAACUGGCUAAGAUGUCGACUCGGGUUCGCACUCCUAAGAGCUUCCAUAAUGUGCAUCAGGGGCAGCAGGUGCAAACGCUACGUCAGGCCGGAAAACAAUAUUCUCCUGGCUACGUCUGAGGGGCACCUGGCCUCCUCAGCUUAGUGACUUUACUGUACAUGACAUAGUAGUAGUAAAAGUUGUACUAUUGUAUAUGACAGUAAUUGUUUAGUAGUA